CCUCCGCUUGCAGACAUUUCCGGAACUGCAGCGAAACGCGCGACCCUAACGCAUCCUUUAACUUCCUCUUUACUAAAUUAAAACUUUUUCCAUCAAGAACCGCACUACUACAGAUAAGCCCCAUCAUGGGGCCCCUUCUUUUUCUGAAGUUUUUUUUACUUUUAAACUUUAUUAAUGUAGUUUUCUCUGAAACUUGCCCCGCCAAAUGCCAAUGUAUCGGCAAUUCGGUACGGUGCCUUCACCAAGAACUUAUCACGAUCCCGAAAACGCCGACGGACACUCUUACGCUAGAUGUGCGCUUUAACAAGAUCUACGAGAUUGCGCCGGGCGCGUUUAGUCACCUGCACCGCCUGCGCUCGCUGCUGCUCAACGACAACAAACUCCAGGCUCUGCGCUCUGGAGCCUUCCACGACCUGCGCCGCCUCAAGUACCUCUACCUGUACCGCAACCGCAUCCAGCACAUCGACCCCGACGUCUUCCAACACCUACAUCACUUGGAACAACUGUACCUUCACGUGAACGAGAUCACUCAAAUACAGCCGGAGACGUUUUCAAACUUACCGCGGCUAGAACGCCUUUAUCUGCAUAACAAUCUGCUGACUCGGAUUCCGCCGGGUUCGUUCCGGGGCAUGCCGCACCUGCGCAAGCUGCGCCUGGACAGCAACGCUCUCAUCUGCGACUGCUCCAUGCUCUGGUUUGUUCGCAUGCUCGCUGAACACAGAGACAUGAAGACCGCCGCCACCUGCCACGGCCCGGCACAAGUCACCGGCACCGCCCUGUCUGCCAUGACCAUAAACCACAUGAACUGCCAUCAACCCCAGAUGGAGAGAGAGCCGGAGGAUACAGUUGUAAACUUCGGUGACGAUGCUAUGUUCACAUGUGUUGUAACCGGGGAGCCUGCGCCAGAAAUUGUUUGGUUUCGUGAUUCCUCUGUUGUCAAUACGCUGGGGCCGUCGCGCUACGAAAUCAUGGAGAACGGAACGCUGAUGAUUCAUGAAGCUGACGAGACGGAUGUGGGGGUUUUCGAGUGUAUGGCUAAGAAUCCGGCAGGGGAAGUGCGGUCCAAACCAGCAAAAAUGAUCGUUCAGAAUACACCAAAUCCGUAUGACUAUCCAGUUUUCACCGUUUUGCCACGCAAUCAAAUCGCCAAGUUACACCAGCCUGCAGUUUAUUUCAAUUGUGUAGCGACUGGCAAUCCUAGACCACACAUUGUUUGGCUUUUUAACGAAGAAAGGAUGUUACUGAAUGAAAGAAUUACGCUAAAACAUAAUGGCUCCAUAGUCAUAGAAAAUGUUGAGGUUUCUGACGCUGGAACGUAUACAUGUCAAGCUGAAAAUAUUAAUGGAGUACUUGCUGCAUCAGCAUCCCUUCAGGUCACAGUUGCACCAGCAUUUAUUAUUGUACCAUCGGAUAAAACUGCUUACCUGGGCGAUAGAGUAGAAUUUAAAUGUACAGCCCGGGGAUCACCUAAACCAGUAAUCACAUGGUACAGAAAUACAAUGGCUUUACCGCCUAGCGAAAACAUUGUAUUUAGUAACGAAAAUCAAAAUUUAACAAUACGAGAAGUAACAAACGAAGAUGACGGAAUAUAUCACUGCAGGGCGGAAAAUACCGAAGGGUUGACAGAAAUAUCGGCAAUUUUAAAGGUACAGGAACUUCAAAUAGUUCAACCGAAAAUAGUCUUAAAACCCGAGGACACUGAUGCUUAUAAAGAAACUUCAGUGCAAUUAGCAUGUGAAACAGAAAGUGAACCUUCUGCUGAAAUUGAAUGGAGGAAAGAUGGAACUAGGAUUUUACCUGAUUCAAGGGUUUCUAUAUCCUUAAUCGGCAGUUUGAUUAUCAACAAUGUAACACUCAGAGAUAUGGGUCGCUAUGAAUGCUCGGUGUUUAAUGAAUUUGGCCGGGAUAUUGCGUCUGCUUUCUUAACAGUAAAAGAUCAUAUAUUGCCAGGCGACGAGUAUGUAAAUAUUGCUCUUACUGAGGCAACUAGAGAUAUCGAUCAAGCGAUUUCAAACACUAUGGAGCAACUAUUUAACAACAAAAGUUCAAACGCAGACGUACAUGAUCUAUUUCGAAUUGUAAGAUAUCCAAAUGCUGGUGCUAGGGAAAUAGCUCGUGCAGCUGAAAUUUAUGAAAGAACAUUGGAUAAAGUUAAAGGAUUCGUAAGAACAGGACUGAAAGUUUCAUCUACAGAGCCAUUUAAUUACCACAAUGUUUUAUCAGCUCAACAUUUGGAGGUUAUUGCGCGUUUGUCUGGAUGUGUCGCACAUAGAGAAGAUAAAAAUUGCUCAGAUGUGUGUUAUCACGUAAAAUAUCGCAGUAUUGAUGGAAGUUGUAACAAUUUUGCGAACCCGAUGUGGGGCGCUUCAUUAACCGGUUUCAGAAGAAUACUUUACCCUUUGUACGAGAACGGUUUCAGUGAACCUAUAGGAUGGAAUAAGAACAAAAAAUAUAAUAAUUUCGUUUUACCAAGUGCCAGAUCAGUAUCCACAGCUGUCAUUACUACAGAAGAUAUUACUGAAGAUAUUGAAAUAACCCAUAUGGCGAUGCAGUGGGGACAGUGGUUGGAUCAUGACUUGGACCAUUCUCUGCCACCUGUUAGUGCUCAGAGCUGGGAUGGCGUAGACUGUAAAAAAACGUGCGAUUAUGCAGCACCGUGUUUUCCAAUAGAUGUGCCAGUAGACGACCCUCGCGUCAGCAAUCGUCGCUGUAUUGAUUUUAUUAGAACAAGUGCAGUAUGCGGAUCUGGAUUGACUUCUGUUUUAUUUGGUAGAUUACAGCCUAGAGAGCAGAUAAAUCAACUUACAUCUUUUAUUGACGCUUCUCAAGUAUAUGGCUUUGAAAAAGACGUAGCUGAAGAUUUAAGAGAUUUGACCAAUGAUAACGGGUUACUACGAGUUGGUGCUAUAUUUCCCAAUAGAAAACCUCUGUUGCCAACUGUAGGAUUGAAUGGCAUGGAUUGCAGGCGCAACCUUGAAGAGAGCAGCCGCAAUUGUUUCGUAGCAGGUGAUAUUCGUGCCAAUGAACAGAUUGGUUUAGCAGCAUUCCAUACCAUUUGGAUGAGAGAACAUAACCGUAUUGCAGGCCAUUUAAAAACAUUAAACCCAUUUUGGGACGGUGACAAAGUUUACCAAGAGGCCAGAAAGAUUGUGGGUGCAGAAAUGCAAUUAAUAACUUUUGAGCAUUGGCUGCCAAUUGUUUUAGGACCAGAUGUACACAAAACAAUAGGAGAAUAUAGGGGCUAUAAUUCAAAUAUCAACCCUUCUAUUUCAAACGUUUUUGCUACCGCUGCGUUGAGAUUUGGACAUUCAAUGAUUAAUCCCAUCUUACAUCGUUACGAUGAGAAUUUUGACCCCAUACCUCAAGGUCAUUUAAUGUUGCGUCAUGCAUUUUUCUCUCCUUGGCGACUCGUUGACGAAGGUGGUGUAGAUCCUUUACUUAGGGGCAUGUUUACUACACCUGCGAAAUUGAAGACAUCCAAGCAAAACCUUAACUCCGAACUAACUGAGCAAUUGUUCUACAGUGCACAUGCUGUUGCUUUGGAUCUGGCUGCCAUUAAUAUUCAACGUGGACGUGAUCAUGGCAUUCCACCAUAUACCAAGUGGAGAGAAUUUUGCAAUAUGACCGAACUUAAUUCUUUUGACGAUUUAGCUGACGAUAUUUCGGAUAGAGAAAUUAGACAGAAACUUGAACAACUUUACGGAUCAGUAGACAAUAUUGAUGUUUGGGUUGGUGGUAUAUUAGAAGAUCAAGUUGAGGGAGGAAAAGUAGGGCCGUUGUUUAGAUGCUUGCUUUUAGAACAGUUUAAACGUUUACGCGAUGGAGAUCGAUUUUGGUAUGAGAAUCCUUCUGUAUUCAAACCAGAUCAGUUGCAACAAAUAAAAAAAACUAGCUUGGCUCGCGUAUUAUGUGACAAUGGCGAUAACAUUGACACUAUUGGGGAGAAUGUAUUCUUGUUACCCGAAGUUCAAGAUGGUCUUGUAACCUGUGAAGAUUUGCCAUCGAUAGAUUUUCGAUACUGGGUUGACUGCGAGUCUUGUGGUGAUGACGAAGAAGAUCGAGUAAAGCGUCGAACUCGCAGGGACACCAACUAUGAUUCAGGUAUAGUGGAGACGAAGGAAUCACGAUUGAAUAACAUAGAAGAUAUGCAGCUUGAUUUGGAAAAGACCGUCGACAUACUUAAGAAAAGGAUUGAGUUUCUUGAAGAAACCUGUAUGAACGACAUAGACUAAAUACUACUACAUAUUUUUCGUCGUCGUCGGUUUCGACAUUGCAUAUAGAUGUCUAGUAGUCGAGUCUAUGAAGCAUUUCACAAAGGUAGUGAUUCUCUUUGCAUUUCACUUUUUAUUUUCCUGGGUCAGGUUUGACUAGGUGUUAUUUUUCUUUAUGAGGUGCUUUUUUCUUUAUAUCAUGUAAAAUCAGAAACAUUUUGAGUGGGGCACAUAAAUAUUUCGACCUUAAAAAAGCUUAUUUUGCUUUAUUGACUCGACUAUAUGCAGUUGAUAUUUCUACAUUUUUGCGUCGAAAUAAAUAUGGCGACAACUAAGAUUAUUAAUAUCAAAUACUUGCUCCCUGUGGUCCAACUAUUUACUAAACUUUUACCUACCUAUUUCCAAUUAUUUACUAAACUUUUUAAACCGUACAUAUUUAGUAUAUUCCUAUUUAUUUCAUGUUAAGGCGUUGUUGAGCCUUAAUCUUGAACGCAAUUUUGAUAAUUAGCACUUGGCUAAUGGUAAUGACAUGAAGAAGUAUCUGUUCUAACUUUAUCAACUUCAUACGCAGCGCGCCGGUUACUCUCUGACUGAGAAAUAUUCCUUUAAGUAAAGGUUAUAAUGCGGCGAUUGCUAAUAUUUAUUUGUUGUAUCUCUAAAAUCUCAAUAUUAUGUACCUACUUGAUAUUGAUAUAGAAAUUCAUGUGUUAUAAGUGUCAACAUUUAAAAAAAUAUAUAAAAAUGUAGGACGUAUUAUUAGGUGUUUAGAACUAUUUCUUGUCAUUAACAUAUUGUACUCUUUUAUUUGAGGCCCAACCCAACAUUUGAGUCAUAAUUGCAGUGACUAAAACUCAUAAAAUUUAAAAAGGAAGGAAGCUCUGGAGAUCAAUUAAAUUUCGUUUCCAACUUUAACAAGCUAGAGCUUUUAUAAGUAAUAAUUAAAUUGUUUGGCACACUGUCAAAUACUUCAAUAUCAUUUAUUGCACUGAAAUAAUGAAACAGUACAAAGAAGUGAAUAGUGGUCAGGUACGCUGACUAAUGUUAAUUUCUUUGUACUUUGUACCUGCUUAUAAUCUUGAUUAUCAUAUUAUCUUGAUUUCUAGACCCAAGUACAACUUAAUAUUUCUUUGUCUUUGUAUUCCAAUUGGUCUGCUCUUAUUUGCCUCGUAUACUAUAAUAUAGCCACGUAAAUACAUUGUGAAACUGUUGUAGCCACUGUAGUGUUUAGAAUGUAACCCGAAUUUAUAUUUAAGAUUACUUACAACAAUUUUUGGAUAACACCAUGGAAAUUAUUAAGUAGAUACCUAUACAAGUUUUUUUCAUGUCAAAGUAUAACAUUUUAAUAUUUAUCGGUGUUAAUUAAUGUUCAGUAGUUGUUUAAUAAUUCAUAAUAUAACAUGGAUGUUAGAAAUUCUAUAUUAUGGUGAAAGGCAAUUGGAAAUACAGGGGGUUUGGAAAGUGAGAACACUUAAGACUUAAUCAGAUAUAGCUAAAAUGCUACCUAGAAAUGACAGUAACUGCAUUAGGUUCUUUGGAUGCAUUUAUAUAUUUUUAUGAUUUAAAUUGAUAAUGAUUACUAGGUAUGCAAUUGUUUGUCAUAUAAUAUUUUAUACUUAAUGAUGACUUUUAGUCAAUCCUUAUUUGUAUUUAUAGAUUUUCUGAUUACUUAAAACAGCAUUUUGUAUCAAAUCCUGUAUAUCUAAUAACAUAUUUAUAAGAACAAUAUAAUAUAAUUAUCAUAUUCUAAUAUGUAUGUGUCACUAAGGAAUAUUUGUCGUCUGAACAUGAUCUGCAAUCAAUUUAAAAAAUAUAUUAAUCUAGUUAUGUGAAAGGUAAUGUUAAAAUAAGUUUGUAAAAUGGAGGCACCAUUAAAGUAUUGAGGACAUGUAUAAUAUGGAGCCCCCUGUUUGCGAAGCAGUAAAUAAUUAUAUUAUUUGAAUUGACUUAUGUCAAUCAUCCAGAAUUCGAUUUUGAACUAUAUUGCUUUAAGACAAAUUGAUUUGCAACAGAUUAAAUGUGAUGUAAGAAAAGUUUUAUUAAUUACUACUGUAAUUGCAUGAUAUAAUCUGGAUGUUAGAACUAUUUAUAUAGGCUUACUGUUUAAGAUAAGAGAAUGGGUAAGAUGCGGGGGCCAAAGUAUGUACGUAAACUUAAGUAAGUUUAAAUUGUUCUUUUAAGAAAUUCACACUGAGAAGCAUAAUAUUAUUAAAUUAUUGUGAACUUCUUAAAAUUAUUAAUUAAUUUGAUAUGUAAGUUCAGAAGAACAUCAAGUUAGCUGGAAAUUGCGCCCAUUGUAUGUUGCAGGAUUUACCAUAUUUAUUGAAUGAAUUAAAUGUUUGGAGUACGCACUUACCAUAGUCAAUAUUGAAUACCAUUAAUAUAUUCUUGAUGUUCAAAUAAAUCAUAUGAAAAGUA